AGUCGCGUCUCGGAAGAAAAAUGAGUGGUGCGUCGCAGCGUCAACUUGCGCUUUUGCUGCUCGCCGAGAGCGAUGAUUCGAGCUCUAGUUCCGGAUCGACCAGUGAGGACUCAAGCGAUGAAGAAGCUUUGGAAGCUGGCGUAUACGAACACGUUUUUGACGUCAUGUUUCGGCCGCCGGACAAGAAAACCGAAAGUUGAGCACUUCGUCGACGACGUCGUCCGCCAGUACUCGGAUGAAGAGUUCCGAAGGCACUUCAGGUUGUCUCGGCGUGUUGCCACCGAACUGAUAGCAGGCUUCGCGUCUUCUCCGAUGUGCCCGACAGACAAUCACGGUGGCAAGGCUGCGAAGUCUGCGGAGACGCACCUUUUGUCCUUCAUUUGGUAUGCAGCCAACAAAACAUGCAUGCGGGAUGUGGCCGACAGAUUCAACCUGGCUGAAAGUACUGUACACAGGGUACUGCAAAGAGUGGCAGACUACCUGUGUACGCUAGGUCCAACUGUCCUCACAUUUCCCCGUGACCUGGAGAAGCUGUCCAGAGAUUUCGAGAAAGUGUCGGGUGUGCCUGGUGUUGUUGGGUGCAUAGACGGUUGCUACAUUCGCAUCCAGUGCCCCGAAAACAAGAUAGCUUCGACCUACGUCAACAGACACCACUUCCUCUCAAUGACAUUGCAGGCUGUGUGCGACAACAAGAGGCGAUUCAGUGACGUGCUCGUUGGAAGCUCGAGCAAGAUACACGAUUCCCGUGUCUUUCGCCUGUCCUCGCUUGCCAAAAAAAUCCCAGGGAUAUGCCAAGGUGGCAGGUAUCACAUCCUAGGUGACGCAGCAUACCCUGUAAGGCCGUUCUUGCUUACCCCUUACAGGGAUUAUGGAGCACUAACAAAACAGAAGAAAAAAUUCAAUGCAAAAUUUUCGGCAACCCGCGUGCUGAUUGAAAACUCGUUUGGGAUCCUGAAGAAACGCUUCCGCCAGCUUAUGUAUCUGGAGCUGCGGACUGUCAAGUGGCUAAAUGCGUUUAUGCUUGCUUGUUGCAUCUUGCAUAAUCUGUGCAUCGACACAGGCGACGAACUGCUCGAUGACAGUGAUGAAGAGGAGGCUAACGAUGACGUACCAUGGUCCAAGUGCACAGACAGCGAUGAAAGUGAAGAAGAGGAUACUGAAGAAGACGCAGCACUACGUAAGCUCGGCGAGUUGAAGCGAGAGAAAGUGUUCCAAAAAAUGUUUGGGGGAAAAUGAAAAAUCCGCAAAUGACUUCCUGCUUCGAUAUCGUGAAAGUCCACCAUUAGUAGCUGCUCCGUUGAUAUAGGUACUUGUUCUUUGGGAGAAAAUAAACAAAAGCUUUACAGAUAUAAUUCGCUUGUACAUUCUGGUCGCUUCUUUUGUUCUUGUUUUUCAUUCCACCGUCAUUAUAUUCAUUUUUUUUGCAUAAUAAUAUGCCUGUGCAAAUACUGUGUGUGAAUGUACACAGCGUGAUGUUAAUAUAUAUAUGUAAAUGAAAAAGAUCCUCUUGGAAAGCAGCAAGAAGGUGCGCGUUAAGGACCACCAGGUGGUCAAAAUUUCCGGAGCCCACCUCUAUACGGCGUCUCAUUACAAAAUCGUGGUUUCGGGACAAUAACCACCCCCCCCCCCCCCAAAAAAAAAAAACGGCACGAAGCGAAGCUUUUAUUUUCGACGUUUCAGCAGGUCGUUAAAAGUGCCCCAAAAGCUUAAGGCUGUAAAUAGUCGUCUAAAAGCGCCUCGCUUACGGCUUGUGUGCAGGUGCCCUGUCACUCGCACGUGUGCGUAGAAAUUACACACCUGUUUCUACGUGCACGUGCGAACUGCACGUGAGACCUACAGGCCAUGUGUUCUUAGAACUUGCGCACCUAUUUCUACGUACACGUGCGA